AUGGCAGACACCUCUCUCCAGAAGACUCUCCGGAUAGGUGUUGAUGUUGGAGGCACCAAUACUGACGGCGUGAUCCUCGAUCCCUCGCGAGCCAACGACCCCCAGACUAGAGGCAUCCUGGCAUGGCAUAAAGCAGCCACCACGCCCGAUCCAAGCGAUGGAAUCAGCAAAGCUGUCACCACCCUGUUUACCUCGGCCAACAUCUCUCCCGAGCAAGUGGCAACUGUCACCAUCGGCACAACACACUUCGUCAAUGCCAUCGUCGAGAGAGACGAGGCCCGUCUCAGCAAGGUGGCUGUCAUUCGACUGUCAGGCCCCUUCUCAAAGCAUGCCCCCCCUUGUGUAGACUGGCCCGACGAUCUGAGAGAGAUUAUUCUGGGUUACUAUGCCCUCGUCAAGGGAGGACUGGAGGUGGAUGGCGAACUGAUCAGUGAUAUCAACGAGAACGAGAUUCUGGAACAUUGCGAAGAAAUCAAGAAAAGGGGCAUCACCAGCGUUGUCGUCAACGGUGUUUUCAGUCCCAUCGACACCGUGGAAAGACAAGAAGAGAGAGCUGCCGACAUCAUCCGAAGGCGAAUCCCUGGUUGCGAUGUUGUCUGCUCGAAAGAGGUGGCCAAUCUUGGUUUCCUUGAGAGAGAAAAUGCUGCUUUGCUCAACGCUUCGAUCCUCCGCUUUGCAAGGAAAACGAUCAAGUCGUUCCAGAAACCAGUCAGACAACUAGGCAUCAAGUGUCCUGUCUUCAUUACCCAGAACGACGGGACGGUUUUGUCAGGCGAGGUGGCUUCCCGGUUCCCCAUCAAGACUUUUAGCAGCGGGCCUACGAACAGCAUGCGAGGGGCGGCCUUCCUUGUUCAAGGAGAGAACAACGCAACCGCCGAUGGACAAGGAGAAGGGAUGAUGGUGGUGGACAUCGGUGGCACUACGACGGAUGUUGGACUGCUGUUGCCGAACGGCUUCCCAAGACAACAGGCGGCCUAUAGUGAUUUUUCUGGUGUUAGGAUGAACUUCUCCUGUCCCGACGUCAAAAGCAUCGGACUCGGUGGCGGCUCCAUCGUUAGAAAAGGCGACACCUUCUCGAUCGGCCCACACAGUGUCGGCUACAAGUUAACCAGCGAGUCUAUUGUCUUUGGAGGAAAGACUCUCACAGCAACCGACUGUGCAGUUGCGGUCAAUCCUGCUCUUGGCAUCGGAACCCCUGAGCUGGUUCAGGGGGCACUUACACAGGACGAAGCCUCCGUCUACGAGACCCUUGUAAAGAAGAAGCUCGAAAAGAUCAUCGACACAAUGAAGACCUCCCCUGCGGAUACUGCUGUGGUUCUCGUUGGAGGCGGUGCCAUCAUUGCCCCGAAUCAGCUCCGUGGUGCCAGCAAGGUGCUCAAGCCGGAAUGGUCCCAAGUUGCCAAUGCUAUCGGCGCAGCCAUUGCCCGUAUUAGUGCCGUCGUAGACACCAUCAGGUCCACCGAAACCCAGACAGUCAAGCAAUUGUUGGCAGAGAUAUCAGACGAGGCAAAGGCAAAGGUCAUUGCCGCUGGCGCAACGGCUGAGUCGGUCAAGAUUGUCGAGGUGGAGGAACUACCACUACAAUGCCAGUAUGUAGCAAACAAGACCCGCUUCGUCGUCCGAGCUGCCGGCGAUUUCGACCUGUCGCACACUGACACAAUCGCCGAGCUAUCGUCGGAGCAAGCAUCUGAACAACAGGAGACCGAGUCAGAGCAACCAUCUCAACAAGCCGCAACUGGUGGACAAAACAAGAAGCAAGUGGGUAAAGAGGCGCACCAAGUGGACAUCUCAACCUACAAGCCAGACGUCCGCAACCGCGUCUGGCAUGUUAACGAGACCGACUUGAGCUGGAUCUCUACUGGCUGUUACAUCCUCGGUACCGGUGGUGGUGGAUCUCCUUAUCCACAUAUGAUCCUACUUCGACAGCUGCUCCGAGCCGGGGCAACAGUGCGUGUCGUCAGCCCUGAGGAUGUAGAAGAUGACGCAGCUGUUGGUUGUGGAGGUGGCGCAGGAAGUCCAACUGUCAGUAUCGAAAAGCUCCAAGGGGACGAGAUGAUGGAAGCUCAGAACGAGCUGUACAAGAUCUGUGACGACCAGGCCACACACAUGAUUGCUCUUGAAAUAGGGGGAGGGAAUGGCCUUCAGGGUUUGACGCUGGGAGCAAGCAGCAAUAUGGAUCUUCCUUGCGUGGACGGUGACUGGAUGGGACGGGCCUACCCUACCAAGUGGCAGACUACGCCGGUGGUGUUUAACGAACGACAGCCUAUCUGGUCUCCGAUCUGUAUUGCUGAUGGCAACGGCAAUGUCGUCGUUAUGCCCAAGGCCUCUUCGGAUCGUCAAGUGGAGAGGAUUAUGAGAGCUGCUCUCAGUAAUAUGGGCUCUCAAGUCGCUGCAGCGGAGCCCCCUGUCACUGGUGCCGAGAUGAAGAGAUGGGUGGUGGAGAACACGAUCUCGCAGGCAUGGAGGAUUGGAAGGGCUGUUGCAAGGGCCAGACAAGAAAAUCGUCUUGAGACUAUGGCAGAGAGCAUCAUUGACGAGUGCGGGGGUUCUGCGAGCGGCAAGGUCUUGUUCAAGGGCAAGAUUGUUGGUGUGCAACGCACCCUGAGAAUGGGUCAUGUCUAUGGAGAGUGCAUCAUUGAGGGAACUGAUGUGUCUGGGUCGGACUAUCCCACGACUGGGAAAGGAAGAGAGCAGCAAUUCACUGGCCGUAUCAAAAUUCCAUUCAAGAACGAAAACAUUGCCGCUGUCAAGAUUCACGAUGGUCAAGAGGAGGGUGUUCUAGAGAAACGGGAAGAUGUCCUGGCUAUUGUCCCAGACUUGAUUUGUGUUAUUGAUGCACAGAAUGGGGAGGCUAUCGGCACACCCGAGUACAGAUAUGGACUGCUGGUCAUGGUGAUUGCCCUCGCGGCAUCGGACAAGUGGACGGAUUCAGAGAGAGGCAUAGAGCUUGGAGGUCCCAAGGCUUUUGGAUUUGGGCAUCUUGAAUACAAACCAGUGGGCACGUUCGUCAAGCCUGUCAGUGUUAUUGACGAGUUUAACGCAUCCGGUUGA